AUUAGCAAGAAAAAAAAAAUCCUCAGAACUCUCUCCUUCUCUCUCUCUCUCUCUCUCUCUCUCUCUCUCUCUCCAUCCAUUAAUUCUUUCCCUUUCCCGUUAGAACCAUCAGUAAAGUCGCUGCCUUUGUUGGCGAUUUCACUUCUAUGAGGGAAGGGAAGCGGAAACCAACGAGCUGCUGAUAUCUUGUUUUCAUCUCGAUCUUCUAAUUCCAGUAUCUGAUUUUGCUCCAAGUAUUGUUCUUUCAAGAAAGGAUAAAUGUCUGAAGGGAGUAGAGAUGAUGCUGAUUCGAGUACUUGGAAUGCAGACGAGCCUAGCUUGAGCUUUUCAUUAGAUGAGAUCACUGAUGAAGGAACCGACAUGGAGCAUAACUGGGCGUCUCCUGUGAGAAUAAAUAGGAGUCAGGGAGCAAGAACGGAUGAAACCCAAAUCCGGUCGGCCAAUGCACUUCCCGUUGAAAAUCCGAGGUUUAAUCUAAACAACACUCCCGUAGACGACGGCCAGUCAUCUUAUCAAGAUCCAAGUUCCCUUCGAAACCCAGACCAGUAUUCUUUAAAUAUAAAUAACAAUACGGUUGAUGGUCGGCAUUUGUCUUGCAAGAGGAAGAGCAUUGAAGGGCAGAGUAGCCAUUACCGAGGAGAGAGUAGUUCAGUUCAAUCUGCUUCUGCUCAUCAGAGUGCUAACACUACUUUAAGUAUAUCAACCGCAUCUAAUCAUCCAUCAGGGUUUAGUCUUAGCACAGAAGACUUGCAGAGAAAUUGUCGGACCAGAAACAACCCUGAACAUCAAGGAAGUAUUCUUAGGGCUUCUGAUCCAUUUGUCUCAUUUAAUCAAUUCCUGGAGUCUACAAUAGCAGGCGAUAGUGGAACUCGAGACAGUCAGUCUCCUAUACUACAAUUUCCUGCCUUGGUUCAAAAUACCCGUCCCUUCCCUGUGGAUAUAGCUUCCAGUUCAAGAACAGGCAGUUCUUCAACAUCUCUAGCCAUCACAGGGCAAAGGUCUAAUGUUUUAAGAGAAGAAGCCAACUCAAGGAGCUUUACGAGUAACUAUAAUGUUUCCCAGCACACUUCGGGUCCUUCAAAUACCUUGCUGGAGCUGAGAAGGCAAAGAAUAGCUGCUCUUCGCCUCCAGCUAUCUCACAUUCGGUCUGCAACUGGUGUUCUUGAUGAUCUCUCAGUGGCUGCAAGAGAAAGCAGGCGCAGGAUGUUAUCAGAGGUACGUGAUGUGCUUUCACGAAGAGGGGAAGAUUUGCACAUAGAGGCUGUACAAAGAGUGUUAUUAUAUGACAGGCAUAGAGAUAUGAGGCUUGAUGUUGAUAAUAUGUCUUAUGAGGAGCUACUUGCAUUGACAGAGAGAAUAGGGAAUGUGAGCACUGGAAUUAGUGAAGAAACUAUUGUGAAGUGCCUGAAGCAGAGGAAAUAUAUUUCCCUUACCGAGGAAACCCCUAGUGAUGUUGAACCGUGCUGCAUUUGUCAGGAAGAGUAUGUCGAAGAGGACGAGGUCGGAAGACUGGACUGUGGGCAUGAUUUCCACACCGAUUGCAUAAAACAAUGGCUGAUGAUGAAGAACUUGUGUCCUAUUUGCAAAACUACAGGCAUUGCAAACAUCAAAUGAGAGAUGAAUAUAUGCACAUUGCCCCCUUCUAAAAUCUUAAUAUUGGAAAAAAACGGGGAAGGUUUGUAACUUCAAUGACUUUCUCUACUCCCGUAGGUUAUGUAGAAGUAAAUACAUUGGUCCGAUAGUACCUUUUUGUUUUAUUUUAUUUGAAUAUUUAUUGUUGUUUUUAAUUGUCAUAUUGUAACAUUAUUCAUGUUUUAAGGAUAUUCGUUUUGCUGUUUCGCGUUUCAAUUAUCA